AUGUGGUCCAUUUUUUUUUUCUUUUUGCUGCUUAGUGAAAUCUUGGCACGGGACUUUGUGGGCUGUUUCUUCAAAGCUUUGGAUCGACUUCAAGAAAUCUGGGACUUGAUUGGGAUUCCAGAGAACCAAAGGCUUCAGAGGUUUGAAAAUGUCACACAGCAUGUCCAAAAACUCUUAGACAUGAUGAUUGAAGAGGAAGAAAGCCUGAAAGAAAGACUACUAAAAAGAAUUGAGUCAUAUCGAGAAGAACUGAACAUUCUAUUCAAAGAGUUAAAAUUGGAACCAUUUCUGGAAGGAGAGGACACUACUAUCUUGAAGCUAGAGAAGUCUCUUCGAACACAGGUAGAAGAGAUGAAAAGACAGAAAGAAGAAAGGCUACAAGAACAGAAACGACUCCAAGAACAAGAUCAAAAAUUGUGUGAGAUUCUUUGUAUGCUACCAUACAGCCUUGACAACAAUUCGGUACCCAGCAUGGAGGAGCUGAACCAGUUCAGAAAUCACCUGGAAGCUCUGGCAGAAACCAAGGCCAGCCGAUGGGAGGUGUUUAUCAGCACAAAGAAGCAGAUUAUACUCUGUAUGAAAGAUUUGGAUCAUAUCCCAGAAACAGAUUUUGAGAGAGAUGUGGUAUGUGAGGCUGAAGAGAACUUUUGUCUGUCAUCAGAGAACAUGACAGCCCUGAAGAAUCUACUUUUACAGCUAGAAAUGGAAAAAGCUGAGAAUGAAGCUGUGUGCGAAGGGCUACGCUCUCAAAUCUGUAAACUCUGGGACUCGUUACAGGUGUCUACCCAGGAGAGAGAAGCCCUGGCCGGUUUUAUGACUGGGUCAAAGGACAAGAUCAGAAAAGCGUUACAGUCAGAAGUGGAUCGGUUGGAGGAACUGAAGAUUCAGAACAUGAAGAAAGUAAUUGAAGCCAUCAGGGCGGAGCUGGUACUAUAUUGGGAAAAAUGCUUUUACAGCCAGGAACAGAAGGAAGCCUUUACCUAUUACUAUGACAAGGACUACACAGAGGUCUUGCUCCAGCUCCAUGAUGCAGAAAUUGUGCAGUUGAAACAAUACUAUGAGAUGCACAAAGAAAUCUUUGAAGGUGUUCAGAAGUGGCAAGAGAACUGGAGGCUUUUCUUGGAAUUUGAGAGAAAAGCUUCAGAUCCAAGUCGAUUUAUGAACCGUGGUGGAAAACUCUUGAAGGAAGAAAAGCAACGAGCCAAGCUCCAAAAAACACUCUCUAAGAAAUUCACAGAAUAUAUAUCGGAACAGUGGGAGAUGUUUCAUUUGAAGAAAGAGAAAGAAAAGCAGGAUCGACAGCUAAAGAAAAACCAGCAAACAGGAGCAGAGAUGUUAUAUAGCAGCAGAUUCAAAACACCCAGCAAGAAACAAGGACCUAACAGAUCAGGCAAAGCUCACAAGCCAGAAGACUCUAAAGAACCACUUGGUCUCCACUUAUAA